AUGGACUUGGAAGACGCCGAACCAGGAUUCCAGAAUGAGGAACAAUUCUGGGAUGCCCUCGAGGACACAGUCUCCCAGGAAUGCGCCAGUCAUAGCCACAUUGACGACGCCCUGCGAUCCUACCUAGAUCUGGUCGCCGGCUCGAAGGAUCAGUUUGAAGAAGCCAAUCAACUACUGGCGCAAUGCGCGUAUAGGUUGGCCAGCUCGCCGCUGUUCACUCAGCAUGCGGAAUACAUACGGAGGCAGUUCAUACACAGUCUACUGCAGGAAGACGACCCAGACACGCUGCUCAUCACAUCCUCCUUCCUCCUUGCCGAUGCCCAAAGCGCUGAAAGAGUAUUCGAGUUGCUGAACGAUGAGGGCGCCUUUCCGAGGCUGGUCAGCCUCAUCACCGACCCGACCUUAGACAAUGUCGAUUCGGUCAGAAGACUGAUCAUGCAGAUGCUGUACGAGAUGUCCAGGAUACAGAAGAUAUCCGCAGAUGACUUGGCUUGUGUUUCUGACGAAUUCGUGGCAUCACUGUUUGACCUGAUUGAACACGUGUCUGGCAACGUCAACGAUCCGUACCACUACCCCGUCAUACGAGUCCUGCUUGUCCUGAACGAGCAAUUCAUGGUCGCCGCCCACGAGCCUAGAUCGAAAGAUCCCGGUUCAGCCCUGACAAACAAGGUCGUCAAAGUCUUGUCGGCGCAGGGCAACAAAUACAAGACCUUUGGCGAGAACAUUAUUCUUUUACUGAACAGAGAAGACGAGACAUCGUUACAAUUGCUGACCCUCAAGCUCUUAUAUCUCCUCUUUACCACGCCUCAGACCUAUGAAUACUUCUAUACCAACGACCUUAGAGUCCUGGUUGAUAUCCUUAUCCGGAACCUACUCGACUUGCCGGAAGAUGCAACAUCACUUCGGCACACCUACUUGCGAGUUCUAUAUCCUUUGCUGGAGUAUACGCAACUCCAGCAGCCGCCACACUACAAAAGACACGAAAUCAUGAAGUUGUUGACAGUCCUCGGCGGCGGACACGUCAUUGACCACUCUGAGCGAGCUGACUCGCCAAACAACUGGUCACAUUUCGACGAGAUAGACGAGACCACCAAAAGGUUGGUCAACAGGUGUAAAGGCGUCAGUUGGCUCGUCGAUCCCGAACUGGCCGCAUCCCAGGUGGACGACGACAUGUCUGGGCCACCAUCACCAGUGUCACCUACCAAGCCUGCGCCACCAGCAUUACCCGCACCUCGCAAGUUGAAGAAACGGCAUUCUAGUAAAAGCUCAACUUUGACCAUCGGCCAGUAUCUGGCUCCUCAGCUUGAAUCGGCACGACAGUCCAGCUUAAGUAUGGCAGAGAUUGCUGCUCAAAAGGAGAAGCCUGGCGUUAUUACGCCGAGCCGCAACGCAAACAGCAAGAACGAUACGACGGCGCCGACGGCUGAUGGACGGGAAGGAGAAGGCGAUAUGGCAAAACCGAAUAAGCCGCCUCCGCCAAAGGCGAGAAGGUCGGGCUGGGGAGGACUCAAGACGCAAAAGACGUCGGAAUCUGUCGAGGCCGAAUCGCCCGUCCAAGUUCUUGGCUCACCAGAAGAAUUGAAGAACGACCCGGUGGACGAGGUGCAGUCACCCGAGACCCAGUCGCCGGUAGAACAGAGGACGUCGCCAACGACAACGACCAACAUGAUGCCUCCGCCUACAGACACAUCUACGAUCGCACCCAAAAAACCGCCACCAGCACCCAAAGCUCGUCGCUGGCAAUUCAAGCGUAGCAAAGAUUCCGAAGCACUGCUGACGUCAAGCAUACGCGAGCCGGGAAAGUUCGACACCAAGCUUCCCUCAAUCAAGACCGACGGCAUUACCACCGAACGAUCACCAUUCUCUCCGAUAGAAGAAACAAAAACAUUAUCGCCGUCACAACUUGGCGAAACCACCGAACACCCGCAAACGUCCGUGAGUCAAGCACUGGAGGAGGCUCAAGCCCAAGCAGUGCAAGUUAUUGGCGAGACACUGGACAAGACUUCCAUCGUGGAUGAGAACGAACAACUGUCGCCUCUGACGGCAUCGCAGAGCGCGGCAUCACAGCAGUCACAGCCUCUGGAGUCAAUAAUGGAGCAUCGUCCGAUGUCGCCGCAGCAGGAAAUCGGAACGCCGAAUAUAGAAAUCACCAGACCGCCGCGAGCGGUUCUGGCUCCGCCGACUCCGGCGCCGGGAAGGGGCGUGCCGGGGCCGACGGUCGAGUUGGAGAGGAGUCCAUUCUUGAGUGAUGCUGAGCUCGAAGUCGAGGACGACGGCCCAAGUAGGAGUAGUGACGAAGAUGACGACGGAGAGGGGAAGUGA